AUGAGUCAAACAUUUCCAUUUCUCGAGAAAAUUCAAGAUCGUUUGGGAUACAUUGUCAUUGAUGAGACUGGAGCGAUCAUAAAGUCUGAUGGUGAAUUGUCGAAUUCUGAGCACACAGCAAGAGUCGUCAAGGAGUUACUGUACCUCGAGAGGCCAAAAUCCGCCAUUAAACCCAAGCACAAAAUGGUCGAAAUGACGAUAGACUACUCGACGCAUUUCUAUACGAUUGUCCGCAGCGGGAAGUACGCCUUUUGCGUGAAGCGAAAGAGGAAUCGAGCGAUUCCACCCGAUCCACAUCCACCAUCCAUGUCUACAGUAUCACCUCCAGCAUUGAUCACCCCCAGCAAUGAUCGCCAAAUAUCCCCUACAGAGCCUCAAAAGACCACAGGAAUGGUGGCAGACGUUUCAUUGACACCCCAAACCACCGUGAAUCCGUUGCAACUCACAUCCGACAUCCAAGAAACAAAACCACCCAGUCGAUCACCGUCCAAAUCGCCGAAU